AUGAGCCGAAUUCGACAUCCCCGACUGUCUGCUGCCUGGACCAGGCCUGCUGUGCUUCUAGCGCUGCUUGCUCGUAUGGUGCACGCUUUUCCUAUUCCGACUGUCCGUGACAUUGACGUGGAAUCCUCCCAAAUGACCGCUGAGGAGUUCUACGCCAAUAUCUUCACCUCUGUGUUUUUGGUGUUGGCGGGCGGUGUUUUCGCUGGCUUGACCUUGGGGCUUAUGGGCCAGGACGAGGUUUACUUGAAGGUGAUUGCUACUUCCGGUGACCCGCUGGAGAGAAAGCACGCCAGAAAGGUGUUGAGGUUGAUUGGCAGAGGUAAGCACUGGGUGCUUGUGACCUUGUUGUUGCUGAACGUUAUCACCAACGAGACGUUGCCUAUUGUGUUGGACCGCUGCCUUGGUGGCGGCUGGCCUGCUGUGGUUACUUCUACGGCUUCCAUUGUCAUCUUUGGUGAAAUCAUCCCUCAGUCCAUCUGUGUCAGGUACGGUCUCCAGGUGGGUGCCUUGUUUGCUCCAUUUGUGCUCGUGUUGAUGUACGUCAUGUACCCGGUGGCAUACCCUUGUUCCUUGCUUCUUGACCAUAUUCUUGGUGAGGACCACGGUACCGUGUACAAGAAGAGUGGACUUAAAACCUUGGUGACUCUCCACAAAACAAUGGGCGUUGAGCGCUUGAACCAGGAUGAGGUCACUAUUAUCAGUGCUGUUUUGGACUUGAAGGAAAAAACCGUCGCUGACAUCAUGACCCCCAUGGAUUGCGUCUACACCAUGUCUUCUGACUCCAUUCUAGAUGAGGAAACCGUGGAGGAGAUCUUCAAUGCUGGCUUCUCCCGUAUUCCUAUCCACCUCCCGAACGAGCCUUCCAACUUUAUUGGUAUGCUCUUAGUCCGUGUGUUGAUCUCGUAUGAUCCGGAGGAUGCUCUCCCUGUGGCCUCGUUCCCAUUGGCUACUCUUCCCGAAACCGCCGCCGACACCUCGUGUUUGAACAUCUUGAACUACUUCCAAGAGGGCAAGUCCCACAUGAUUGUGGUUAGCGAAACACCUGGUGAGCCUACUGGCGCUUUGGGUGUGCUCACUUUAGAGGACGUAAUUGAGGAAUUGAUUGGCGAGGAGAUUGUCGACGAGUCCGACGUCUACAUCGACAUCAACAAGAACAUUAAGAGAACCAACCCUGGUCCUUUGUCCCGCCGCCAUUUGACCUCCUACUUGCACAACUUGUACCAGUCCAACGACGCCAAGAGAAACUCUGUUGGUUCUGGCGGGCAAAACACAAUCAUAAAGGCAAACCCUAUCACUACAUCACCCCAUGUCAUCCGUGCUAGUGCCGAGGGUCGGGCUCUUGGCUCGCCUAUGCUUGCACCUAUGAACAGGGCACUGAAUCCGUUGGAAACCUCCAAGUCUUUUGUCACCAUCAAGAAGCCUCUUCAACAGCAUGAGGUGCCCGGAUCGCAGCCGGCUUCCGUGAGCAACAACUCUGUUCCUGGACCCAACCGCUCUCAUCCACAUGUUAAGGUCCGCUAUGAGCCUAUCUACACCAGUGAAGAAGCCGCUUUGCAAGAGGCGCGUGACAGACUCAAGAAGGACGAUGACGAACUGAAUGGCAACGACGGUGGCUGUGACAACGACAACAACGGCCACGGCUCGGACCAUUACCACAACAAUGGCCACUCGGACAGCAACCUACCGAAGCGUGAUGCCGACAGAAGGGAGGUGGAAACAGACAUUUCGGAGAUUGUGAAGGACGGCAAGAAGUCCGAGGCCGUGUCGAAGAAGCUGUCGCGGAACUUCUCCAGACAGACCUCUAGAACGGGCUCUUUCUCGGGUUCUGUUUCCAGAACCGGGUCCCGGAGAGGUCUGAACUCCAACUCGCACUCGGACGACGAUGGUGUUGACCACUCCGAUCCGAUCCUGAUGGAGUUCCUGGAGCUGCGUUCGUACCGAACCGGUGGUAUCGUGGAGUCUGUGGUGAACGUGCAGGGAGUCCACAAGACCAUCAUCGAGGAUAUCAGCGACAGCGAGGACUCGAGCCCGGAGCAGGGCAGUCUGACCAGUCUGCGUAAGAAGCGCUACAGCAGUAGCGAGGAGGAGAGCCAGCGUUUGGUGAACUUCUAG